AAACCGUAGCACAGUCAACGCCAUUUGUAAUGGAUAAUUAGUGUCGGCCUACUUGUUUUAAAUUGCAUUCGUAGCGUAAAUAGUGCAGGUUGUUAGUAGCUGUUGUUGUUGUUGUUGUUAUUGUUUUCAAAAGACUGGGCUAUACAGAAUUGUAAAAUGGAGGACAAGGGGACUGCCGAUAAAUCAGUAUAUCCACCUUUAACAGCAGAGCAAAAUCCCGAAGAAACUCACGAGAUGGUAACAAACGAAAAUCAAGAGGUGCCAGCAGCAGACGAUGUAAAGUUCACCCCGAAGGUUAAUCAGGCUGGAGCAUUGCCCUCUGUUCGAAGAGUUAAUAUAUUAUUAUGGUCGAACUUUGUAGGUGUCCUUCUGUUGCUGGUUGGAUUUGUCGCCCCUGGUUGGUUAACAGUAACAGCUGAGCAUAAAUUGACAUAUAUACCAAGCAGUUGGUCUGGGAGGACUCAACAUAUACAAGAUGUUUACCAGGAUUACGCACUGUGGUAUGUCAUCCAGUGUUACCCGCAUGAUGGUAAAAGCAUUGAAUGCGAGACUAUGACGUACAGAUCUAUAAGUGGCAUCUACGCAGACGAAGUUACUAGUUACGAAAAGCUAGCAAUAGCUAAGCUGGAAAAUGAGGGUGGUGACAAAUUCAUGUUUCAUGGAGUAGCACUGAUUUUUGGUUUUUCCAAGUUUGUUCAGAUUCAAACCCUUUACACAAUGGCUUUACUGAUAUCGUUUGCAUUACUCUAUGUAUGGUAUGACCUUCGGAAAAAGGUUGUAAGGGGCACAAGUAAUGGUCCUAGCAAAUGGAUGUGGAUUUUUCUGAUUCUCCUGACAAUUCUAGCCAUCGUUCUUAUUUUCAUUGGCGUGUUCAUUUUUGUUGGGGUUCGUGGUAAUUUGGGAUAUGAACUUGGCACAGCAUUCGGACUGUUGUUUGCCGUAUUUGGAGGGUGUUUCCUGGGCGUGGUUUUCGUGACGGAGCUUGUACAAGUUCUCUGUUGUAGUAAUUUUGGUGCCUAGUUAUCAUCCAGUACAAUAAACUUCAUUGAUGAUCUAUUGUAACAUAGAGACUUCUUUCCACAGUGAUCGACUAGAAAAAAAGUUAUCCUGUAACUAUAGUAACUGAAAUAGAAUUUCAUCAACUUCUAAGUGUUUAUUUUACAUUGACUCAAAAGGAUGUUAAUAUGUAGAUUGUAUAUAGCUUUUUUGUGUUUGCCAUUCCCAAUAAAGUGUACAGAAAAGAUAAUUAUUAAUAAAAACGAAUUUAUUUUAAAACAGGGAGUAAGAUUAACAAGUAACCCGCUGUGAAGAAUUGUGAAUCCAAAUUGUUAAUUAAUGAAGAUGUGAGGCCUUAGAAGUUUAUAGUGAGAUUAUAAUUAUUAUGAAAUAUGUAUGUCUUCAAACAGUUAUUUUUUGAAGUAAUUUCAAUUUUUGUCAGACAUUUUAUUUUGGUCCAUCUUUUUUAAUUGCCUGACAACAAUAUUUGUAUCCCUUUGAUAAGAAUUGUCACGUGGUAUAAAGUCUUAGCUAAUAUUUAUUUACUAAAGUUGUGACUGUAUAGAAUAUUAGAAUAUAGAAUAUAUCAUCAUUGAUCUUCACAAAAUGUUAGUACAUUUGAGCCGCGUCACGACAAAACCAACGUUAUGCGUUUGCGACCAGCAUGGAUCCAGA